CAAACAGCAAGAACAACAACAAGCCCACGUCACGUCAGCUUCAUAAAAUAUAAUAGCAGCAGGCUACGAUAUCAGCAUUUAAAUGCUAAAAACGCAUUUUAUGCUUAAAAAACACAAAUAUUUAAAGAAAAAUUCCCUUUGGCAUCAUUAUCAGGAAAACUUGAAGACAAGCAACCGUCGCAAGCGUACAACGCGAAGAAGAAAGUUGCACAAAAUUUCAAAAUUUACGGUUUGGCCACAACGUUAACAUAAAAAGAAAAAAAACGAAAAAAAAAUUUUUUUUUUUUUUAAUAAAAAUCCUCACAUCGCAUAGAAACUUCGCGAAAAACGAAAUUAUUUAACACCACAUGGAGCAUUUGGAUUGUUUGCUGAAAAUCUAAAGAGAAAAAUUCAAAAUUUUGUAAAAAUUUUGGUUCAUUCUUUUUUGAAGAAAUUAAUAAUCGACGUUGAAGAAUUUGGAUAUUUUUGGUGAAAAUUUUUGGCAAGAAAAUUGUAAUAACGCAAAUAAAAGAAAGAUGGAUCCGCAACAACAGUUUUGUUUGAAAUGGAAUAGUUAUUCAUCAAAUUUGGCGAUAACAUUCUCAAAUCUAUUCAAAUCGGAUCUCUUGGCUGAUGUAACGCUAUCGUGUGAUGGCAUGGUUUUUAAAGCGCAUAAAUUAAUUUUGGCUGCCUGCUCUAAAAAGUUUGCCGACCUCUUCGAGACGACGCCUACAAAUGGCCAAUGCGUGGUCAUAUUAGAGGCUACGUCUUCGGACAAUAUGGCCGCUUUACUAGAAUUUAUGUAUAAAGGAGAAGUGCAUGUAUCACAAGAGGCCCUUAAUAGCUUCCUGAAAUCUGCUGAAAAUUUACAGGUGAAAGGAUUAUCCACAGAGACCGGUCGCUUAGCAGCUCAACAGGCUCAGCAGCAUAUAGAAUCGACGGCUUUAGAAUCACCUAAUGGUCGUCGCAGUAUGCGUAGCAUUAGCAGUGGCAUUAGUAGUUGUGGUAAUUUAAGUAGUUCAGUUAUGGGUGGAGGUCUUGUAGCGGGCAGUGGCAAUAACGCAACAGGUAGCCUAAAUGUUCCUGUUAGUGGUGGUAUUGGUAGUGGCGGUGGUGGUGGUGGUGGUGGUGGUGGUGGUAACAAUAGUGGUGGUGGCAGUGGUCCCGGCGGUUUGGGAAUUGGUACUGGAUUAGGUCUUCCUGAUCGCUGCCCUAGCACAGGUGGUAUUAUAACAGGUCCGCCCGGAGUAAUGGGCGGCGGUAACAAUAUAGUCGGUGGACCCCCCGCUGGUUUGGGUAACGGCGGCGCUGGCGCCGCUCACCAUCUCGGUGGCUCUACCGGCAACCUUAAACAAGAAUGCGAUUCCCUCAUGCUUCCCAGUAGUAGCUCAACUAUGGGUACUAUGCCUUCAUACGUGCCGCCCAUGUACCACCGUCCAAUAUCAUAUGAGCCAUUGCGCAAAAGAGCCCUUCGCAGUCCUUAUGCUGAACAAGAGAUACGCGGCAGUGUACUAAGGGAUGGCUCAAAAAAUCCAUCCGAGUGCCCAAGUCCCAUCAGUAAACCGCCCUAUCAUAGGCCAUCGUCCAGCGCUUCAUCAAAUGCACCCACCGAAGCGGACACUAUGCACUCUGAAAGAGCUUCGCCCCAAUCGAGUCGUUACGAUAAUCAUAGUCCGAAUACUACAGUAGCUGGAAAUUGUAGUGCACCUGUUAAUAUGGACAGAUCAGUGAAAUCUGAACGCAAUAACGGCAGCACGAAAGAGCCACUUAAUGAUGAAGAGCAUGACGAUUUGGAAGAGUCCAGAGAAGAAAAUUGUGCAGAAGAUCUGCGAGUAAAAUUGGAAAAUUCCAGUUAUUCACCACCGCCAGCACCGCCCACAGCAAAUGCAUCGCCAACCACCCCGACAGCUUUACUGGAAACACUAAAAAAUCCAGAUGGCACAUUACCGGGAACAUUGGCUGCCUCAGUAGCACCAGCCGAUAUGUUAAAUCUGUGGAAUGCUACCAAAUUAAAUAAUAAAAACAGCGGUAUGGUGAAUACAGCAGAUGGUAAAAAACUGAAAUGCAUAUAUUGCGAUCGUUUGUAUGGUUACGAGACGAAUCUUCGAGCUCAUAUACGGCAACGACAUCAGGGUAUACGGGUGCCUUGUCCGUUCUGUUCCCGUACAUUUACCCGUAACAAUACGGUAAGACGUCAUAUUGCACGUGAACAUAAACAAGAAAUUGGUUUAAGUGCUGGUAUCACUAUUGCACCAGCUUCAGUGGCUGCUGCGGCAGCGGCGGCCGCUAAUCAUUCUCAAUAGGAUGCGGCCGCAACAGCGGCAGCAGCAGUAGUUAUGAGUGCGCAUAAACAAUCGAAUCGAAUGAGUAAACGUAAAUCUUUAAAAAUGGCAUUAGAAAAAUGCAUGCAAAGACGCGAAGCGGCGGCUUCUUCGACGUCAUCAGAUACAACACAAAUUACCUCUAAUAAGUUAACAACUAACAAUGAAGGCGGCGACAACAGUGUUGAUAAUAUCAAAAAAGUUCAAGUAAUGGCAGAAGGUCGAAAAAGUUCCAUAGAAGAAAGGGAUGUUGAUCGUAAAGAGGAGCUGACGAUAUCUACAGAUGUUGUUGAAGAAAGUACCGAAACUGAAACGUCUGUGGGUACAUCAGCUGAAUUGCUGGCAUCAGAGACGACGACGGUUGGCGUUGGUAAGUUAGGUGAACCUAAUGAAGAGGAAAGAGACAACAAAGAGAAACGGGAAGACGAAAGAAUGACGAUAAAUUCAUCAAAAAGUUUUACUUUCGUUAAUGAUACUGAGAAGCCUUUAGAUGCCACAAUGUCUCGAUUGAUGCACGAAGAAAAAGAAGCUGAACGAAAUAAAAAAUUAGAAUGGGAACGACAACAACAACAACAUCAACAACAACAUGACACUGCCAUUAAAGAAUAUUUAACCCGUAGCAGGGACGCAAACAAUGAGCCACGUCUUGCAGAGGAAAGAAUUACGUACCAUCAAAGACCGCCUAAACGAUCUUUAGAAGAGAAUUAAAAGUGAAAUUUUUUCAAAUGAAAAGAAGAGAGAAAACAUUGCGCACUGUUUUUCAUAGAAACUACUGUUGCAACCGCUGUUGCACGAGCGAAACUAAUAAUUAUUACUGCAUAAUAUAUGUGUUAACUUUAUUUGACGUUCUUGGAGAAACGCUUCAACACGCUUGAAUGAAAUGCCACGAAAAGCCUAAAAGCAUUUCAGUUAAACAUUCAAUUUUUUUUUUUUGUCUGUUUUUCUUUUUCUUUUUUUUUAUAAAAUACCGUUAUUUGUGUAAUUCCAUUAACAUUGCUUUCUCGCAUUUAUCAUAUAAAUAUUGUCUUUUCUAUUUUCUUUUCUUUUUUGUGCCUUUGGUUAAAUUUUUUUUUUAUGAU